UUAAGAACUCUCUUCUCUCUCCCCUCCCGUCGCCAAGAAAUCCCCAAUCUCCGCCUUUAAUUCUUCCCAUAGAUCCAGGUAAAACCCAGUCCUAAUCCUAACUCGUCCGAUGAACAUUCUUUCUCCUCCUCUGCAAACGAAGCAAGGAAUCUAUCAAUCUAUCUAUAUAGAUACACAUUUUUGGGCUUUACUUUUGAUUAAGAGUAAUUUUGUUGGGUUUUGAUAUUAUCUUGAUUUUACCAACAAAUCUUAAUGGCUUUCACUGCAAACCCCUCUUUUUUCCCCCUCCUUAUAUUGUUCCCUAAUGUUUCGUGCUUCCAGUUCUUGCCCCUUGUGCGGCGGCGACGGUAGUCUAGAGGUACGGGUGUUCGAUUUUAGAGCAGCCGGGGCGCCAUCCAUGGCGGAAUUGAUCGGGCCUCGUGUUUACAGCUGCAGCAAUUGCCGAAACCACGUCUGCCUUCACGAUGAUAUCAUAUCCAAAGCAUUUCAGGGAAGAAACGGGCGUGCCUUUCUGUUUUCUCAUGCCAUGAAUGUUGUCGUGGGGCCAAAGGAAGAUAGGCAGCUGAUGACAGGGCUGCAUACGGUUGCCGACAUUUACUGCCGUGAUUGCCGUGAGGUGUUGGGAUGGAAGUAUGAAAGAGCUUAUGAAGAGACACAGAAGUACAAAGAAGGGAAGUUCAUAUUUGAGAAACCCAAGAUUGUCAAGGAGAACUGGUAGUAAAAUUUCUAAUGGAUGCUGUGUUGGUGAAGCUUGUGUUGUGAGCUUCCUGUCAGUGUAACAUUGUUGUCUGUGUGUUCUGAAUCAUCUGAUAGAACCAUCUGUUCUUGUGCAUAAGGCAAAUGUAAGUGAGAACUCAUCCCAAUUGUUGCAUUCUUGCUUCUCUGUUUCUGUAAAGAUUGCCUAUUGGCAAUUGUUUGAUCUCUGUGAAUAUCAGACUAUCGUAUUGUGGA